AUGACGAGCAAGGAGCUAGAACCAGAAGAGCGCUAUCCCUUGCAGCCACCUCCCACCGCUGCUCCAGAUCGAGAUCCGCCUCCCUCUCCGCUCGCGCCGGUGUGCACCCUCCCUCCCAUCCCUCUCCCCUACCUUUGCCGCCCAUCUUCGCCGCCGCGCAUCCACAGGAGCAACACGAGUGGCGCGCCAUGGGGCGACACCGCCGACUUCUUCUCAUCACCUCGCCGCGUGCUGUUCCUGCGGGUUGGCGCUGCGGGGGCCGGGUGCGCCCUCCUCGCGCCAGCGGAGGAUGACGAGGGCGAGGACGCGGAGGCCGGCGAGGGGGGAGGCGGCGGAGGGUUGCGCCUGGUGGCCAUCCGGUGGGCCCGCGUCACCUACGCCCUCAAGAACAAACGCGGGGACAUGGUGAGCCGCUCUGGUACGAGCACACUCGUGUGUGAUCCCGGGCGCCGCAGGGCCAGCGACAAGUGCGUGAAGGAGAAGCGCAAGACCAUCAACGGAGACGACCUGAUCUGGUCCAUGGGCACGCUCGGCUUCGAGGACUACGUCGAGCCCCUCAAGCUGCACCUCAAGCUCUAUCAGCAGGUAGAGGCUGAUGGUGUGACUGAGGCGCGCCCUGAUUUGCUCAUGCAAGCCCCAAACAGGGAUCUCGCCGUGGCAACGCCACAGCCUCUGCUCGAGCUAGAUCACCAUGGUGACGCACAGCAUAAGACCCCGCUGUUGGAUUCAUUUCUCUACAGGCCUUCGAGUUCAAGAGGCUUCUGCUUUACUAUAACAACGUCACACUGCUGUUUUGCUGUGGUUGAUAAACCUGAGACUUCUUUCUAUUUUUCAAGGCUGUUUUGUUUAGGCUAGUCAUGGAGCAGAAAGAACGGACAUUGCUACUUCAACAAGAGGGAAGACCCAAUGAGGCCAUGAUGCUUACCUUGCUAGAGUGCGUCAACCCCGACCAUGGCACAACAUUCACAGUCUUGAGGUAGCCGUGCUGCAACUGCAUCAAUGAUAUCCUCUCUGACUAGAUAAGUCUUCGGUCUAUCCCAUUAUUUUCUUUUGUUCUUUGGUCGAUGGGCCAUGAUUCCAUGACAUAUACUAUUGUGUUGAUUCCCUAUGUGAUGCAGAAGCUAUGGUGUUUUGUUUUAAGUCUGUUGUAAAUUGUAAUUGAUAAUGAUUUGUGUAAAAUUAGUGUAGAACAUAUGUCUUGUUAUCUUAAAUCGUUCGUGUCGUGCGCCAUUUCUGGAACUUUUGGUAUUCAUGCAACAGCUAGUCCUUGUGGUUAUUACGGUUACAUGUUACAUGUAGAGAUGCUUCAUGAUUUAGUCCCUAGCUGCUUUCUAUAUUUGUUUUUAUUUUGUUUCUAACUCUUUUGGUUAAUUGUUAGAUGCCUUUGUUCAGCCUGUACGGACAUAUCCAGAAAUGGUGUUUCCUCUCAUAUAAGGAGCUCCAGCCUGAAAGUGAACAAGUCUGGAGUGUAUUUGUAGUAGUAUCACAUGUAAUGGUGAAAUGAAUUAUGUAAAGAUUGUGCUAUUAGCUGAAAUUGGCAUUUGGUUUGAUAA